CAGCCAGCUUCACUACAACUGACACUGAAGUUAUGAAUCUCGGUUUGUUUCUUUACAUCAGAAGUUAAAGAUGUUUUAUUGCUCACUGUUGGAUAUGGAUACCAUAUGUGAGUAAACACUGCUUGGAAGGCCAAAAGCAUUAUCCGCACAUUCCUGUUUAUUUUCUUCUGGCCCAGUUUUAGGAAGUUUUGUUACAGAAGUGUGGUAUUUGUCAUUCUGCCAUGGCAGAUUCCAGUCAAGCAACAAAGUCAGACUUUUUGAAUUGCCUUACCCAGUCAGCUUUUAGCAUUCAGCAACCAGAAAGAAUGUGCUCCCCAGAGUCACUGUCCUCCACGCCAAAAAGUGGUACUCCUUCCCCCAGCCCACAAAUGUCAUCAGUACUCUCAGGGAUAUCCAGCUGCAUUGAUGGUGACUGGGAGAGUCGCGAAGAACUCCGACUACGAGAGCUGGAAGAAGCCCGAGCCCGUGCAGCUCAGAUGGAAAAGACGAUGCGUUGGUGGUCUGACUGCACAGCUAACUGGAGGGAGAAAUGGAGCAAGGUGAGAUCUGAGCGCAAUAAGGCAAGGGAGGAAGUGCGGCAACUUCGUCAGAGGCUGGAGAGCAUGACCAAGGAGAUGACAGCUGCCAAACGUGAAAAGCAAGAACUGUCCAAUGAGAAUGAGCAAUUACAUCAAGAAGUUGAUAGGCUAAAGCAAGAACAUCAGAAAGAAAAGGAACUUGACAAUCGUGCAAUCUCAGAGAAAGAGAGUGAGAACUUAAGCUGCUUGGAGCAGGAACCUGUUAGAGACAUCAGCUCUGAAAAGAUCAAUAAAAACAAGGAAUUUGAAUUAAUGGAAGCGAUCCUGAAGAACAAACAGGAUAAUGUAGAGAUGUGGGAUCAGCAUAGUUCUCACAGUGUUCGAACAUCAUUAAGCCGCCAGGACAGGAACCGCUUUCUCUGGGAAGAUGUUUCAGUGAUAGAAGAAGAUGGCAGCAAGGUUACAGCCCUGCAGUUGAGGCUGGAUGAGUCACAGAAGGUGCUACUGAAAGAAAGAGAGGACAAGCUGGCAUUGAGCAAAAAUAUUGAGAAGCUGGAGACAGAAGUUACACAAUGGAAGGUUAAAUAUGAAGAACUCAACAAAAGUAAGCAGGAAGUCAUGAAGCAAUUGAACAUCUUGAAAGAGAUCCACCAAGAUGAACUUGGACGCAUGUGCGAGGAUCUUGAGGAUGAACUUGGGGCUCGAUCCAGCAUGGACAAAAAGUUAGCUGAACUAAGAGCAGAGAUGGAGAGGCUACAGGCUGAAAAUGCAGCUGAAUGGGGAAAGCGAGAACGGCUUGAGACUGAAAAGCUGAACCUUGAGAGAGAAAACAAGAAGCUUCGGGCUCAAAUUGAGGACCUGGAGGAAAUGCUAGCCAAGAAACGCAAACAGGCUUUCAACGCUCUGGACACUGACCUCAAAACAGUUCAAGCUGAUCUUUUUGAAAGAAACAAGGAACUAGCAGAUCUGAAACAUGCGCAUACAAAGUUGAAGAAACAGUAUCAGGAAAAGAUGGCAGAGCUCUCUCAUGCAAAUCGAAGGGUGGAACAGCAUGAGACUGAGGUGAAGAAGCUGCGGUUGAGGGUGGAAGAAUUGAAGAAGGAGUUGGCUCAGGCUGAGGAUGAACUGGAUGAAGCUCACAAUCAGACGCGUAAGUUGCAGAGGUCGCUAGAUGAGCAGAUGGAGCAGACGGAGAAUCUCCAGGUGCAGCUGGAACAUCUACAAUCCAGAUUACGUCGACAACAAAAUCCCACCCUAUUUGGAAAAAUCCGAAGCUCUCGCUAUAGCCAAGGAGAUCCAAAUGAAGAGAACAGUGAUCUUGAUGAAGACGAGGAGCUACAGAUUCAAGUUUCAUAGUUGGAAAAGGACUGUGUGGAUGACCACUGUGCCUUGUUCCAUGUUAAGUCUGGAACAUGGGAGUAUGCCUUUGCUGGUGGUUGGAGAGAAUAGCAGAUGUCAAUGAACAGUUGUACUGAAAUUUCAGUAAUUAUGGUAGAGACAAGCACUGCGGGCAAGAAUACUCAUCUGUUCUGGUAUCCCUUGGAAGAGUGUGCUAUUAAACAGUAUCAAAACUUUGCAGAAAGUUUUAUCUUAUCCAUUCAAAUGUAAGAAAAUUUGACAUGCUGUGCCAAAGCAAAUUUAGUUGCAAUGGGUUACAGUAUCUUGAAUGUUUUUUUUUCUGUAUAUCCCAAACUUCAGGCUGCCUAUAAAAAAUGUUUAUAUUUUAGGUUUAUUUAUAAAACUUGGUUGAUACCAGACUUCUGAGUAACACCCCUUGAAUGCCAUCAUUACGGAUAUGUGUUAACUUUCUCCCAUAUAAUCAUCAUGCCUAGUAUUAUAGAUAUGAAGAGAAAAAGGCUGCCACAUUUAUUAUGAAAGCUUACUGUACAAUCAUAACAGUCUCUUGGUAAUAAAUCCAUCCCUUUUUACCUAUUAUUUCUGUUGAGUAUAAGAAGGGGACAUUCUGAUCUGGUGUGCAUAUCAGUCAAGUUAAAAUAUAAAAAAAGUGAUUCACAUAGGAUAGGGCAUUCAUAGAUCAGUUAAUGCAAACAUACUCAUAUUCUAACCCAACACGUAUGUUAGAUGUUUUGUUGCUUUAUCUCUGGACCAUUUGUGAAUCCACCAUUUCUU